UGAGGGUUGCCUUUCCAGUUUCGAACUUCCAAGGAAAAUUAAUAAUCAAGCGACCGCUCAACGCAAUGACUGUUACUGCAUUUUAGUUCUUACGGUGUCGAAAUUGGUACUCUUCCGAAUUCUUUCCAUGGAAGCGUCAGACGAAAUGAUCUCUAAUCCCACCGCACAACAGGAAGGCGAAGAGGUAUACCGAAUUCUUUCCAUGGAAGCGUCAGACGAAAUGAUCUCUAAUCCCACCGCACAACAGGAAGGCGAAGAGAUAAACAUAUCUUUGAGGAUUACUAAAACUGUGAGUGUAAAGAUUAACAAAUCCGAGACCGUUGGCAGACUGAAAACCUUGUUAAGCCAAGAGGAAGGCAUACAAGAAUGCCUCCAACACCUCUUCUUGGACGGCAUACGCCUCGAGAAUGACAAAAGGCUUGUUGAUUGUGGCAUCUAUGGCAACACCACCCUCAACGCUUACGAUGAAAACUCGGUGCCAUUAAGGUUGUCUGUCAAGAUCCCCUCUGCCAAGAGAACCGUAAUGGUGGACGUGAGAGCUCAAGACACCAUCAAGACUGUCAAAUCAUAUAUCGAGGCCAAAGAAAACAUCCCUUCCGAUCAGUACACUCUGUUUUACAAUGGAAAGCCGGUGGAAGAGGAUAAAACUCUAGCGUUUCUUGAGAUCAUAGGGGGUUCAAAUUCUACGCGGCUUCUUCACAUGAUCUCUAACCCCAGGGAUACCUUGAAGGUUUCAGUGAAAACAUUAACCGGGGAAACUGUGGAGACACAGCUUAGGAUGUUGUACACCAUUCUGGACGUGAAAAGCGUGGUUGAGAGCAAAGUUGGGUACCCAGUGAUGAGUCUUGCAUUUGGAGAAAAGCCGCUGAAGGAUUCAAAGACUGUGUCAUAUUAUAACAUCGAGGAUGGGUCCAUCUUGGAGAUCCUGCCACCAGCUACUUAGAUAUUCAUCAAAUGGGGUGUGAAAAGCACAUGCUUUCAAGUGUUCUUCUGGGAAUCGGUUAAAAAUCUGAAAGAAGCCAUCUUUAAGACGUUGGGGCUGCCAGUUCGUGUGCAGAAUCUGGUGUUUGAGGGGAAAACCCUGGAUGAUUCCCAGGAAUUGACAAGCUAUGGACUCCGGAAAGACUCAAACAUUCAGUUGUCAGCAAAGUUAGUUCAUGUGACUUAGCUUUCUGCAACUGUACUGCAGCUAUUUCCAACAGUUUAUUAUUAGCUCUUAAAAUAGGAAACAAAAGAUUGGUCGGUUUGUAAUUAAUGAAUGCUUAGCUUGCUGUUCUUUUUCUUGAUGGGGUGCUGUUACAUAUGGCUCUCUUCUCUAUGGUUAUGCCAUAAA